AUGGCGGAGAGAGAAGAGGCAGAAAAGGUGGUGUUGGCAGCAUCGAUUCUGCCUUCAAAACCCAUUGAUUUCGGUCUUAAUCUAUUCAAAUUGGAGAAAGAAUUCGUUGAAGGUGGUGUCAAUUUCCAAUAUAAUCGAAAAAAGAGGAUUGAAAAUCGAAACUAUUGA